UCUCGCCUCGCUCCCCAACCGCAGGCGCCGCCGACACCGCCCCGCCGCAGCCGAUGGAGGCGGCCGCCCCCGUCUCCUCCGCACCCCGCAGCGUCGGGGAAAUCUACAGGGACUACACCGCCCGCCGCGGCGGCCUCGUCCGCGCGCUCACCUCCGAUGUGGACGAGUUCUACGGCUUGUGCGACCCAGGUACGACCGGAUCGGAUCUGGGGCUCGGACUCCUGGAUUGGCGGUGUCUCCGCCGUCCAUUGGUUGGGGUUUGAUUGGCUCAGCUCUCUGCCUGGUUGGGCUGCAGAGAAGGAGAACCUGUGCCUGUACGGGCUCCCGAACGGGGGCUGGGAGGUGGCGCUGCCGGCGGAGGAGGUGCCCCCGGAGAUGCCGGAGCCCGCGCUGGGGAUCAACUUCGCCAGGGACGGCAUGAAGCGCCGCGACUGGCUCUCGCUCGUCGCCGUCCACUCCGACGCCUGGCUCAUCUCCGUCGCCUACUUCUAUGCCGCCCGCCUCAACGGCAACGACAGGAAGCGCUUAUUUAACAUGAUCAGUGAUCAUCCAUCUGUUUAUGAAACAAUGGUUGACCGGAAGCAAAGGGAGAAUAAGUCUGGUGCUGAUAACAGCGGCAAAUCCAGGCACUCAACAAAGCGAUCAAAUGAUGGCAAGAUAAAGAACUCGAGAUCCACGGCUGUUGAAGAUGGGUACGAGGAUGACGAAGAGCACAGCGAAACCCUCUGUGGCACUUGCGGCGGUUUGUACAACUCGAACGAGUUCUGGAUCGGAUGUGACAUUUGUGAGCGGUGGUUCCACGGCAAGUGCGUGAGGAUAACACCGGCGAAAGCGGAUCAGAUAAAGCAGUACAAGUGCCCUGAUUGCUCCAAGAAAAGCAGGUAAUAAAACCUUGGAGCUGUGGCCUCCCAUUGCUGACUCAGCUGAUCAACCAAACAAACCCUCUACAAUUUGGCUGUAGAUGUGAAUUGCCAUAGGCAUUGUGUUGUGUUAGAUGCUGGAAAAAGACACACAGGAUAGUUGGAUCUAAUAGACUGGUGGUUUUGCUUUUGCGCUUGUUUCAUGGACAUGUGGAUACUGGCCAUUUAGUCUUGAGAAAUCAUUUGUUGAUGCCAUCUUGGUUGGUGUGAUAUUUGCUUCCAUUCGGUAAUCUGUGUUGUGGAUUCGACCAUUAGGAUGGUCGUGGCGAAAAAUGAGAUUUGUCACUCCUUGUAGUGCGCAUCUGAGGAUUUGUAAAACUGAUUAGUUUCGGCUU